UCGGCUGUUUACUUUUUGCAGCUGUUAUUAAAACGAAUGUCGUUUCUUGGUUUGCGUCGAUGUGAUUAGGUUUUUGUUGCCCUUUACGUUUCUCCGAUGCGUACUUUAUGUUGAUCGCGCAAAGUUGGAAUCAGUGCAUUUUACGUUCGCAUUUAGUUUAGUUUUCGUGAUAUACAGAGAGCAGCACGAUGGAGCUACCUCCGUUGUCGAUCGAAGCCAAACGGUUGUUGGUGCUGAAAACGAUCAUACACGACCCGGCGGCAGCCGACGUACGGCUUUCGCUGUUCGUUUCGGCUGCCCGGUCCUUCCGGUACGACUCCUGUCUACAGCCAUUUCCGCCCGAUUUCCUCCGAAACAAUGAGAAAUGCAUUGAUCAGCUGUGUCAAGUGCUUGACACUGUUCCAUCGGUAGCGGAUCUUCCAGCAGGGCUCAACACGCUCGACGAACCAACGGUUGGACUGUUGCACUGGAUCCUCUGUCGGCAGGCCCGGCCUGCACUGCGAACCAUACCGAAAGCUCAGCACGAAGAAGUGCUCAGCAAAUGUCCUUGCUACGCGAAAUAUGCCAUGCCCAACCAUAUCUUCGAGGUGCUGUACCGGGAAAACAAUUCCAGCGAGCGAGCAUUUCAGGACCAUGCGAAAGAAUUCCGAACGCGACACGCAUUUCAUGGCAGUAGACUGUUCAACUUCCACUCCAUACUGCACUACGGCUUGCAGCAGCACCUCAACAAGGUGUCCCUGUUCGGCGAGGGCAUCUAUCUGUCCGCGGAAUUGCAGGUGAGCCAAAUGUUCUCUCCAAACGGGUCCGGUUGGAACAAAUCCUCCCUGGGGACACAUCUGGCCUGCAUUGCACUGUGUGAAUACGUCGACAAUCCGAAUUAUGUUAAAAGCCAAGAAGAAACAUCAACAUCGCCUGACGAUGGACGGAUACCAGCGACAGGCGCUUCCGACGGUCCAUCAAUCAUGACUGCCUCGCUGACCGGCAACGGAAGCAUCCCGGAACGUUACAUUCUAGUUAAAAACAACGAACUGGUGCAAGUACGCUAUUUGCUACUGUACGGAACCACCAAAGAUAACAACACCACUGCCGUACCGGGUGGACCACAGUCGACUGCCGACGCCUUGUAUGCCCUACCGGCCAGACAGCCCUCGUACCAGAUGCGCCAUCCACCGAGUCGAUUCAUUCAGUGGAUCGCCAACAACAAAGGUUUCGUGCUGAUCGGAGGAUACGUCGGGCUGCUGCUGACCGUCGGGUUUAUCAACAGCCGGAAUGCACAUUUCGUGAAGGAGAUGUUUCUGCAGAAGCUAAACCAUGUCUACAAUGCGGUGCUAGGCUAUCGUGGCAAAGAGUAGCAGAAGCUCCCACGGCGGAUGAUGGCUGCUUUAGAGAACUGCCCAGUGUUUGCCUUCAACAAGGAGAGUCUCCACGAUCGGAUCCCAACUACGUUGUAUUUACGCGAGUGAAUGUGUGUUCUCUUCUUGUUGCCUAUCUGUGUUAGUUUCUUUAGUUUUCGCAUGUAUGAAUUGUAUGUAAUCGGGGGUGAAAAGGAUUUGGAGUACAGGUGAUACAAAUUAUUAGAUUUCCAUCUCUCCACAAAGAGCGGUCGAAAGGUUCCCGUGGUAGAAGGGAAGCUCAUUUUUUAAAUUGGUAAUAAACGGUGCAUGCCAUUCAACUACGGGUAAUUCUGUGCUGGAUGGUUGGAAAAU